GCAUGCGCCACAGCGCCAGCGCUCUCCCCGGAUAGAGCGGGGCCCGAGCCUCUCCGCUGUGGUGGUUCCGCUCCCGCUCGCGCCCUCCCGCCGCCAUGUCGGCCACCAUCGAGCGGGAGUUCGAGGAACUGGACGCUCAGUGUCGCUGGCAGCCGUUAUACUUGGAAAUUCGAAAUGAGUCCCAUGACUAUCCUCAUAGAGUGGCCAAGUUUCCAGAAAACAGAAAUCGAAACAGAUACAGAGAUGUAAGCCCGUAUGAUCACAGUCGUGUUAAACUGCAAAGUACUGAAAAUGAUUAUAUUAAUGCCAGCUUAGUUGACAUAGAAGAGGCACAAAGAAGUUACAUCUUAACACAGGGUCCACUUCCUAACACGUGUUGCCACUUCUGGCUCAUGGUGUGGCAGCAAAAGACCAAAGCAGUUGUCAUGUUAAACCGAACUGUAGAGAAAGAAUCGGUUAAAUGUGCACAAUACUGGCCAACAGAUGACCGAGAGAUGCUGUUUAAGGAAACAGGAUUUAGUGUGAAACUCUUAUCCGAAGAUGUGAAGUCAUAUUAUACAGUACAUCUACUACAGUUAGAAAAUAUCAAUAGUGGUGAAACUAGAACAAUAUCUCACUUUCAUUAUACCACCUGGCCAGAUUUUGGAGUUCCUGAGUCACCAGCUUCAUUCCUAAAUUUCUUGUUUAAAGUUAGAGAAUCUGGCUCCUUGAACCCAGACCACGGACCUGCAGUGAUCCACUGCAGUGCAGGCAUUGGGCGCUCUGGUACCUUCUCUCUUGUAGAUACCUGUCUUGUUCUGAUGGAAAAAGGAGAGGGUGUUAAUGUGAAACAAGUAUUACUGAAUAUGAGAAAGUAUCGAAUGGGACUUAUUCAGACACCAGACCAGCUCAGAUUCUCCUAUAUGGCCAUAAUAGAAGGAGCAAAGUACACACAAGGAGAUUCAAAUAUACAGAAACGGUGGAGAGAACUCUCUAAAGAAGAUUUGUCUCCUGUUUGUGAUCAUUCACAAAACAGAACAAUGACUGAAAAGUACAAUGGAAAGAAAAUAGGUUCAGAAGAGGAAAAACUAACAGGACUUUCUUCUAAGAUGCAAGACACUGUGGAAGAGAACAGUGAGAGUAUUCUCCGGAAACGUAUUCGAGAGGACAGAAAGGCUACCACAGCCCAGAAGGUGCAGCAGAUGAAACAGAGGCUCAAUGAAACUGAACGAAAAAGAAAAAGGCCAAGAUUGACAGACACCUAAAUAUUCAUGACUUGAGACUAUUCUGCAGCUAUAAAUUUUGAACGUUUGAUGUGCAAAGCAAGACCUGAAGCCCACUCCGGAAACUAAAGUGAGGCUUGCUAACCCUGUAGAUUGCCUCACAAGUUGUCUGUUUACAAAGUAAGCUUUACAUCCAGGGGAUGAAGAACACCACCAGCAGAAGACUUGCAAACCCUUUAAUUUGAUGUAUUGUUUUUUAACAUGUAUGAAAUGUAGAAAGAUGUAAAGGAAAUAAAUUAGGAGAGACUACUUUGUAUUGUACUGCCAUUCCUAAUGUAUUUUUAUACUUUUUGGCAGCAUUAAAUAUUUUUAUUAAAUAGA